AUGUCAUCUUACAACUUGUGGCUGCAGCACACAAGCAAAUACGAAGUCAGCAAGUUAAACAACCUAAAACAUAAAUUCCUGGUUUCUCUCAAGCUGUUCCUAGUUAUGGGUAUUUCUUGGAUGUUCGAAAUUGCGAGCUCUGCACACGGACAGGCACAUACCAUUUGGAAAAUAAUGGGCAGUUUUACUUGCCUCCAAGGAAUCGUUGUAUUCCUCAUUCUGGUAGUGCUUAGAAGGAGAGCGAUGCAAGGUCUGGCCAGCAAGAACUGUUGCCUACUUAUAACUCGACCACUAGCCAAGAAACUGAGUCUCCAGGACGACACAGAAGACCAAUAA